AUGAGAAAGAGCCCGACGGUGCAGGGCACCUUCAGCAAGCUCUUCGGCAGGAAGCACGCCAGCCCCGCGGGCGCCUCGCUCUACGCCACCAACCCGCCCUGGAUCUUCGCGCAGGAAGCCCCCGACGAGGGCCCCCGCGACUUCGAUGGGAUCUACUACGGAGACGGGCGUUUCAACACGGUGAGUGAGUGUGGAACCGCCACUCUGAAGGCGCGGCCGAGAGUGCGCCCCCUGCUCACCUUCCUGCCACUGAAUGCCCAGGAGAACCAUGGACUGGCUGUGCCCACCCCGUCCGUCCCAGAAGACUUUGCAGACAAAGAAGUGACAGGCACAGGCCCACUGGUCAACGGGAACCUCCGCCUGUACAGCUCCGUGGGGGACCUGCGGCCUGGGCACUAUGGCCUGGACCCGCUCAUCCCGCCGCCUCCCCCGGGCCCGGCCCCGCGGCCGCCAGUGGACCUGGACGCCUCGCCGCCUGGAGGGGAGUCCCCACCCCCGCCGCCCCCUCCCACGGCCCCGCCCCCACCGCCCCUGCUCCUGGAGCCUCCCUCCCCGCCCAGUGUGGCCCCACCUACACCCCCAGGGCUGGGGGCCGCGGCCCCCGGCCCCGCGCUCCCCUCCCCCUCCACGCCCACCCCUCCUGACUUCAUCCCCCCCGCCCCGCCCCUGGCCAUCCCAGCGCCCCCGCCCUUGCCCGCGCCCGCACCCCCGGCCCCAGUGUCCCCGCGGGCGGCGGGGACUCGCCCCUUCCCGCCCGGCGGUGUCACCAAGUGGAAGUCCGAGGUGGCCCUGAAUGGGCGACAGCCGGAGGGCCCCGGCGGCAGCCCCCCCAGGAGCCCGGCAGAGCCCAAGGGGAGCCCGAAGCCCGACCCCCACCUCACAUUCCCCCGCUCCCCCAAAGUGCCUCCCCCGACCCCGGUGCGGACCUCGUCCAUCCCGGUUCCGGAAACCCAGGACUCCCCUCCGGAGGAGGAGGGGCGCCCCAGGCAGGCCCCCAGCCGGCUCCCACUGCCCCCCAGCUUCCACAUCCGCGCCGCCGCGCACGCCCCCUCGGACAGCACCCCCGAGUCGGCCGGCCCGGGGGAGUCCCGGGAGCCCCGCUCGGCGGACCCCGCCAGUCCCAGGAAGGGCGAGGCCCCGCCCCCGCCCCCGCCCGCACCCCCGCUCCCGCCCCCGGCACCCCCGCUCCCCGCAGCAGCCCCCGAAAGCCUUCCGAAGACCCCCAAAUCCAGCUCUCCGGCCCCCAAGCCGAAGCCCCGGCCCCCCAGCCCGGAGCACACGGCCGCCCCCGCGGCCCCCGACGCGGGCUCCUGGGACCCCGGGCAGAUGGAGAAGCUGCGCAGCGAGCUGGCCGCCUACCUGUGCGGGCGGGACCAGCGGCCGGGGCCCCCCAAGGACCCCCCGACGCCAAGGACGGGGCCGCCCCCGGGCCCGCAGGAGAGGGAGACCAGCCCGGGGCCGGCCCUGCCCCCCGUGGACUACGCGCCCCAGGACCCUCCGGCGCCCAGCGUGCGGCAGAUCAGGAGCGAGCUGGAGGCCCGGCUGUCCUCGGCCGAGCGCGACGCCAAGCCCGGGCCGGGCGCGCUGCCCCCCAAGCCGCGGCCGGCCGGCGGCCGGAGCCCCGAGCACAGGCCGGAGGGCGGGCGGCUGUCCAGGCCGGCCGGCGCCGCGCCCCCCGCGGCCCCCCGGUCGGCUUCUCCGCCCAAGGCCGCGCCUCUGCCCUCCACGGCGCCCUGGCGGACGGCCGAGAAGACCCCGGGUGCGGCCGCUGGACACUGGAAGAAGCCGGUGCUGCUGGACUCCGCAGAGGCAGAAGAGCGGCCCCCCGAGACCCCCGCGGCCCCCCGGUCGGCUUCUCCGCCCAAAGCCGCGCCCCUGCCCUCCACGCCGCCCUGGCGGACGGCCGAGAAGACCCCGGGUGCGGCCGCUGGACACUGGAAGAAGCCGGUGCUGCUGGACUCCACAGAGGCAGAAGAGCGGCCCCCCGAGACCCCCGCGGCCCCCCGGUCGGCUUCUCCGCCCAAGGCCGCGCCUCUGCCCUCCACGGCGCCCUGGCGGACGGCCGAGAAGACCCCGGGUGCGGCCGCUGGACACUGGAAGAAGCCGGUGCUGCUGGACUCCGCAGAGGCAGAAGAGCGGCCCCCCGAGACCCCCGCGGCCCCCCGGUCGGCUUCUCCGCCCAAGGCCGCGCCCCUGCCCUCCACGCCGCCCUGGCGGACGGCCGAGAAGACCCCGGGUGCGGCCGCUGGACACUGGAAGAAGCCGGUGCUGCUGGACUCCGCAGAGGCAGAAGAGCGGCCCCCGGAGACCCCCGCGGCCCCCCGGUCGGCUUCUCCGCCCAAAGCCGCGCCCCUGCCCUCCACGCCGCCCUGGCGGACGGCCGAGAAGACCCCGGGUGCGGCCGCUGGACACUGGAAGAAGCCGGUGCUGCUGGACUCCGCAGAGGCAGAAGAGCGGCCCCCCGAGGCCCUCUCAUCUCCUGCCCUCCCGCCCAAGAAACAGGCCGGCCUGCCCCAGCCGCCCCGUGGCCCCCUGGACAGCUCCCGCCGGCAGGCGCCCCCGCAGGACGAGGUCCUCCGGCACCCCGUGACCGGCGAGGUGGUGGAGCGCGGCUCGCCUAUGGCCCUGCUGCUGGCCGCGCGGCAGCGGGCGCAGAAGGGCCGGCCCGGGGGGUCCGCGCUGGGCCGCUCCUCCCUGCCCGGCAGCCUGCGGGGCCAGAGCGGCGGCCCGCCCGAGGCCUCCGACAGCAUCUUCUACUCCCAGAGCCGGCCCAACUCCUUCACGGUGGUCCCCAAGGCCAGCGCCCCGUGGAGGCCCCCGGCGCACCGGGACGCCGACGGCUGGACGCAGGAGCGGCCCGCGGCCGCGCGGGGGCCCCUGCCGCCCAAGUCCUUCUCGUCCCCGCCCUCGCCGUCCCGCAGGGGCGGGGACAGCGACGACGCCGACGCGGCCGAGGAGCCCGAGUUCGGCUUCGGGCUCAUCCCGCCGCCGCCCGAGUUCUGCAGCGAGCCCGCGCCGCCGCCCCGGGCCGUGCGGGGGUCCCCGCCGCGGCCCGGCGGCCUGGCCGCGCUGUCCGGCCGCGCGGGGGCCCGGGAGCGCGGCUCGGGCACGGGCCGCUCGCUCAUCAAGAAGCGCCUGUACGUCGGGGAGCUCCCGCGGCCCGCGCCGCCCCGCGGGGCCACGGCGCGCAGCCUCAGCACCCCCAACUGCUUCGGCCCGCCGCCCGCCGGCCCCGAGAUGCGGCGCGUCCACUCGGCCGGCCGCGCGGCCCCGGGUGGGCUGCACGCGCGCAGGAUGUCGCUGGAGGGCGCCGCCCGCGGGGAGCCCCGGGGCCCGGCGCCCGCGGGCGACUUCGGCUAUGCGCCCGGGCCCGCCAGGACUCCCCACGGCACUCCUCACUACGGAAGCCCCAUCAACACGUUCACCGUGAGGCCGGGCACGCGUCACCCCAUCUCCUACGCCUACUCGGGCACCCAUCGGAAAUCCAUGUCCUGAGCCCAGCGCUCUCAGUGCCAGCCUAAGGGGCCAAUCUGGACACCUGCUUUUUCGG